CUAUCAUUAAGAAUAAUCAGAUGAAACGGGAGUCCAGAGAUAUCUAUUCAGUUACCACCACCACCACCACCACCACCAAUAAUAACAACAAUAUAAACAAUGAAAGUACUGAUCCUUCUACAUUUAUAGAUGAUAUGAAAGAAUAUGAUGUCCCCUAUCAUGUACGAGUAUCAAUCGAUAAGAAUAUAAGAGUCGGUAAAUGGUAUGAUGUAUAUGUUAAACAUCAACAAGUAUCAUUAAUAGAAGAUAAAGAAAACAUUGCCUUUGCCGAUCCGGUGAUAUUGGCGUUUGAUAUUGAAACAACAAAGGCUCCAUUGAAGUUCCCCGAUGCCAAAAUCGAUCAAAUUAUGAUGAUCUCAUAUAUGAUUGAUGGAGAAGGAUAUUUAAUUACCAAUCGAGAAAUCAUUUCCGAAGAUAUUAAUGAUUUUGAAUAUACUCCCAAACCAGAAUAUCCUGGACUAUUCACCAUAUUUAAUGAACCCGAUGAAAAGCAUGUAUUAAUCAGAUUCUAUGAACAUAUUCGAGAAUGUAAACCUACGGUAAUUGCUACAUUCAAUGGAGACUUCUUUGAUUGGCCAUUUGUGGAAACAAGAACAAGAUUUCAUGAUAUGGAUAUGUUUAAUGAGAUUGGAUUUGCUCGGGAUAAUGAUGGAGAAUAUAAAUCCAAAUAUUGUGUACAUAUGGAUUGUUAUAGAUGGGUUAAACGAGAUUCUUAUUUACCGCAAGGAUCUCAAGGGUUGAAAGCCGUUACUACGGCUAAAUUAGGAUAUAAUCCUACUGAAUUAGAUCCGGAAUUAAUGACUCCUUAUGCUUAUGAAAAGCCUCAAUUGUUAUCGGAAUAUUCUGUAUCCGAUGCAGUAGCCACUUAUUACUUAUAUUUCAAAUAUGUUCAUCCAUUUAUAUUUUCAUUAUGUACUAUUAUUCCAUUAAAUCCCGAUGAAGUCUUACGUAAGGGGACGGGGACUUUAUGUGAGAUGUUAUUACUGGUUCAAGCCUAUGAGAAGAAUAUCUUAUUACCGAAUAAACAUAGUGAUCCCAUCGAAAGAUUCUAUGAUGGACAUCUUUUAGAAUCAGAAACUUAUGUGGGAGGUCAUGUAGAAUCAUUAGAAGCCGGAGUAUUCCGGAGUGAUUUACCUAAUGAUUUCAAAAUCGACCCUUCGGCUAUUGAUGAGUUACUUGGAGAUUUAAGUAACUCAUUAAAGUUUUGUAUUGAAGUAGAGAAUGGUAAGAAAGUCGAAGACAUUGAGAAUUUCGAACAGGUGUAUAAUGAAAUUAAACAUCAACUACAAGACCUUAAGGAUACACCCAUUCGCCAGGAGAAACCGCUUAUUUAUCAUGUGGAUGUGGCAUCAAUGUACCCCAACAUUAUGACAUCCAAUCGAUUACAACCUGACUCGAUGAAAUCAGAAGAAGACUGUGCUGCUUGUGAUUUCAAUCGGCCAGGAAAGAAUUGUGAUAGACGACUUCCGUGGUCUUGGAGAGGUGAAUACUUUCCGGCAGAAAUGAAUGAGUAUAAUAUGAUCAAGAGAACUCUUCAGAAUGAACUGUUUCCACCCGCCAAACCAUGGUUACCGUCUCGAAGUUUUGAUGAAUUGUCAUAUACUGAACAAGCGCAAUUGAUUAAGAAAAGAAUUAGUGAUUAUUCGAGAAAAGUGUAUCAUCGAGUUAAACAAACCCAAGUAGUAACUCGAGAAUCAAUUAUCUGUCAACGAGAGAAUCCAUUUUAUGUUGAUACUGUUAGAUCGUUUCGUGAUCGUCGGUAUGAAUUUAAGGGGUUAGCUAAAGUAUGGAAGGGGAAGAUCUCUAAGCUUGAUAAGAGUGAUAGUAUACAAAUCGAUGAGGCUAAGAAGAUGGUGGUGUUAUAUGACUCAUUACAAUUGGCUCAUAAAGUGAUUCUUAAUUCAUUCUAUGGGUAUGUGAUGAGAAAGGGAUCUCGAUGGUAUUCUAUGGAAAUGGCCGGUAUAACUUGUCUUACAGGUGCAACCAUUAUUCAAAUGGCUCGUGCUUUAGUGGAAAGAAUCGGUAGACCAUUAGAAUUGGAUACUGAUGGGAUUUGGUGUAUUUUACCUAAUUCAUUUCCCGAGAAUUUCACUCUAAAUUGUAAAGAUGGCAAACGAAUUGUCGUGGAAUAUCCAUGUUCAAUGUUGAAUUAUUUAGUUCAUCAACGAUUCACCAAUCAUCAAUAUCAAGAUUUAAUUGAUCCUGAUACUUUUAAGUAUCAAACCAAAUCCGAUAAUUCCAUUUUCUUUGAAGUCGAUGGUCCUUAUAAGGCCAUGAUUCUUCCUACAUCUAAGGAAGAAGGCAAGGGGUUAAAGAAAAGAUAUGCCGUAUUCAAUGAUGAUGGAUCCUUAGCGGAAUUAAAGGGAUUUGAAUUGAAAAGACGUGGAGAACUUCAACUAAUUAAGAAUUUCCAAUCGGAUAUCUUUAAGUUAUUCUUAGAAGGGACCACCUUAGAAGAAUGUUAUCAAGCAGUCGCUACAGUAGCCAAUAAUUGGUUAGAUGUAUUAGAUACUAAGGGAGGAAUGUUAGAAGAUGAAGAUCUUAUUGAAUUGAUCUGUGAAAAUCGUAGUAUGUCUCGAGCCUUAGCCGAGUAUGGAGAUCAGAAAUCCACUUCAAUAACUACAGCCAAACGAUUAGGAGAAUUUUUAGGAGAAGAAAUGGUUAGAGAUGCAGGUUUAGCUACUAAAUAUAUUAUUAGUGCCAGACCUAUAGGUUCACCCGUAACUGAAAGAGCCAUUCCAGUAUCGAUCUUUUCUUCCGAUAAAAAGGAAUUCUUCUUAAAGAAAUGGUUAAAGGAUCCUUCCUUAAAUCCGAAUGUUGGACCUCGAGAUGUGAUUGAUUGGGAUUAUUAUCGUGAACGGUUAGCGUCGGUAGUGCAAAAGAUUAUUUCUAUCCCAGCCGCUUUACAGAAUGUUAAGAAUCCUGUGCCUCGAGUUCCUCAUCCUGAAUGGUUACAGAGAAAGAUUAAUACUCGAGAUGAUUCUAAACAGCAAUCGUCGAUUGCGACAUUCUUUAGUAAAUCCACUAAGAAGGAGGAAUUGGAGAAACAGGUUAAGGAUAUUGAAGAUUAUGGAGAUUUUGGUGGUGGAGCAGCUAAUAAAUCCAGUAGAGUUGUCUCGAAAAAGAGAAGAGCUGCUAAGGCCAAUGCUGUACUUGAUUCGGAACAAGAAGAACGAAUUAAUGCCGUCCUUAAUGGUCCAUGUCCUGUAAUGACCGAAGAUUACGCGGGAUUCUUACAGUAUCAAAAGGCCAAAUGGAUUCUUCAAGCUCAUAAUCGAGAAAGAAGAAAGAAAAUCUUUGGCAAUAAUUCCGAAACGUCUCAUCGAUCAACCGUCGGAGGAAUCUUUAAACGUCAAGCAGAAAAUGUCGCUGGAACUAAUUGGGAAAUCUUACAAUAUAAAGUAGAUCCUACUAGUCCAGGAGAUAUUAAAGUCUAUGUUCUGACGGGGAAUAAAGUUAAUACAUUUACAUUUCAUAUACCUAAGAAGAUCUAUGCCAGUUUUAAAACCGAGUUAUCUCAUAGAAAAUUGAUUGGAGGAGGUUGUGAAAUUGAAAAAUCCAAUGCAGCAUUACCUAAUGGACAUGAUGGAUCACAUUUAUAUAAACUUACUAUGGCAGAAUCCGUAUAUCAUGAACAAUCAGUUAAUGUGGAUGGAUUAUUACAGGAUUCUAAUCUUUUGGGAAUCUAUGAAAGUAAUAUAGGCUGUGUAGAACGAGCCAUUAUUGAAUUAGGUAAUUCAGUUAAAUUCGAUGAUACAAAAGUAGGAUUAUUAGGUAAGGGAUUAAAGAAUGGAUUUAAUAUUAAAGAUUUAAAUAAAUUAGAUGGAACGGAUUAUUUAAAGAAUUUUAAUAUGGAUAUUGUUUAUUUGUUACAUAUAGUAACCAAUAGUUAUGAAUUCUUUACAUUAUUUAAAUCAUGGGAUAAUUCCACGAGUAUGUUUAUAUUAAAACCUUCAGCCAAUGCUCAAGAAUUACCUCCAAAUAUGGAUAGAAUUUAUCAGGAGAUAUACCAAACUAAACGGGAUAAACUUGGUAAAUUAUAUAAUAUAAUUGAGUAUCCUGAUCAAAUGAAUUUCGAUACUAAUUAUUAUUAUGAUAGUUCGAAAUUAUUUAAGAAAUUAAAUCAAACUAUUGGUAAACUUCAUGAAAGUAGAAGUAAUAAAGCCUUAUUUGCUAUUCAAUCUCCUUAUUGUUCAAGAAUACUUAAUCUUGUUAAAUCUACAGGAGAUUUCCCCACGAUAAAAAUGAAUAUUAGUGAACUUUCUUUACCAGCCAUUGGUUGGCAAUCAUUGAUUUCUAAACGAGUAAUUAAUCAUUAUUUUGUUCUUGCCAAUUGGAUAAAGAAUUUAAUUGCUUUAUCAAGAUAUGGUAAUAUACCUCUUUGUAAUUUACAAAUUGAAAAUGUCGGAUAUUUAAUUGAUAUUGAAUAUUCUAGAAGAUUAACUCAAAAUAAUAUAGUUCUUUGGUGGUCAGAAAAUCCUCUUCCUGAUCAUGGGGGGUUUGAAAUGGAUAAAAUUAUUGAUUAUGAAAGUGUUGAUUUCCCAACCAUUAAUAAUCCUGAAAUUUAUGAAACUGCAUGUUUAGAAAUGAGUAUAAGUAAUUUAACAAUAAAUUCUAUACUUACCAGUGCAUUAAUUAAUGAUGCAGAAGGUACAGAUUUAGCUGAAGAUGGUACUUCAACAAUUGCUGAAGAUUCAUUUUUACCAGCGGCUUUAAAUGUAUUAAGAUCAAUGGUAAAAGAUUGGUGGGAUGAUGCAUUAAGAAAUAAUAUUAAUGCUGAUUCAAUGAUGAAUAAUUUAGUUACUUGGGUUCAACGGAAAGAUUCUUAUCUUUAUGAUUAUGCUUUACAUUAUCAUGUCCAUAAUUUAUCAACAAAAGUACUUUUACAAUUAAUUGGAGAAUUUAAAAGAAUGAAUGCCAAUAUUAUAUUUGCUGAUAGAAAUAAAUUAAUUAUACAAACUACAAAAGUUUCAGUAGAAAAUUCUUAUGCUUAUGGACAAUAUAUUGUUAAAGCUGCUAGAAAUAAACCAUUAUUUAACUUUUUAGAUUUAAAAAUUAUUAAAUAUUGGGACUUAUUAAUUUGGAUGGAUCAAUUUAAUUAUGGUGGUAGAAGUUGUAAACAAAUUACUAAUGAAGAAAUUCAAGAUCUUGAACCUGAAAAUCAUUGGCAUAUUAAGAAAUUUUUACCGAUUAUAUUUAGAGAAGAAUUUGAAGAUUGGAUUGUUAUAUUUUUAGAUGCAUUAUCUAAAUAUAAAAGUGAUACAUUAACUGGGAAUACUCAAUUAGGUACUCCAAGAGUUACUCAAAUUGUUCAUAUAUUAAAGGGACAAAAAAAAUUACAAUCUAAAGAAACUGAAGAAGAUUUAUUUAAUGGAGUAAUUGAAAUCUUUAGAAAACAUUUAAUUAAAAGAAUUGAAAAAUUAUAUCGAAAACAAAUUGAUUCAAUUAUAAAUCCUGAAUUUGAAAAGGAAUAUGAAUUCCCAAAACUUCCAGGAUCUUAUUUACAAUUAAAAAAUCCGACAUUAGAAUUAACUAAAUUCUUAUGUGCGAUAUUAAGUUUAUCAAAUAAAAGAAAUAUUGAAGUAAGAUUAUUAAGAAAAGAAUUAUUAACAAUCUUUGAUAUUAAAGAAUUUAGUAAUGAAGCAACUUUUAAGAAUCCUAGUAUGAAUUUAAAGAUAAAUCAUAUAAUUUGUGAUUAUUGUAAUUAUAUUAAAGAUUUAGAUUUAUGUUGUGAAUCAGAGCAUACUUUAUGGAAUUGUAUUAAUUGUAAUAAACCAUAUAAUAAGAUAGUUCUAGAAGAAGAAUUAAUUGCUCAAUAUCAUAGAAUGUUAACUAAAUUCUUUCAACAAGAUUUAAAAUGUUCAAAGUGUCAGCAGAUUAGAGGAACUAAUUUAAGUUUAUAUUGUAAAUGUUCUGGUAAAUGGGUAGAAGAAAUAAGUCAUGGAGAAAUUGAAAAAAAAUUACAUGUAUUUGAUAAUGUCGCAAAGGCCUAUAAUUUUCAAUUAUUAAGGGGUAUUAAAGACGAGCUUAUAUAGAUAUUUUUCUUUAGUUAAUAAAAUUGUCGCGACUUUGCUUUUGCUUUUGUCUGUUUAUUUUUCAGACAAUAAUAAAAUAUAAAUAUAAUUCAAC